AUGGUCCUCCGGUUCCCCUUGCGCCGAAGUGCCAGCUUUACCCUGGAGUGCAGGACCUUGUCUGAGACACCUGACCCCACCAUUCUUACCAUGGAAGCCAAUGUGUUGGUGAUGGGAGCAGAAAACGUUGGAAAGUCAGCCCUGACUGUUCGCUUCCUGACCCGACGAUUCAUUGGAGAAUAUGGAGACCUGGAAUCAAUCUACAGCCGAAGCCUGGACGUGGAGGGCAGGAAAAUUCUCUUCCACAUCUGGGACUUCCCCAGUUCCCAUGGUCAGGCCGACCAGCACUCCACAGAAGAGAAGAGGAUCCAGUGGGCAGAUGGCUUCAUCUUGGUCUAUAGCAUCUGUGAUAGGGCCAGUUUCCACAUCCUUCCCACCAAAGUGCAGUUCAUUAAGGUGGCCAAGGAGGGCCAGUGCCCUGAGAAGGUGCCUAUUGUCAUUGUGGGUAAUAAGAGGGACCUGGGCCACCACCGGGCAGUUUCCAUUGAGGAAGGGCGGCUUCUGGCUCUUACCCUGAACUGUGACUUCUAUGAAGUGUCAGCAGCCGAGGCCUCUCAUGGAGCCCUUAUGGUGUUCCAGGGGCUAGCCCAACACUUUUGGCAGGCUCGACUGCCACCCCGAAGAGGUAUUGGGAUCCGAGGUAUUGUUAAGAGUAUGUCAGCAGUAUUUGCUCGAAAGAGAACAGAUUCCUUCUAA